AUGCCAAAGUCAAAACAUAAAAAUGCCGCAAAAGAACGUAUACUUACACAAGGUAGAGAUAAUGAAGGAAGAUUUUCAAAAACUAUAGACACAGAAAGUAGUGAUUUAGAAUAUAGUGAUCCAGAACUUUUAAUUUAUGAAUCAGAGAACAAUAAUGAGAAAGAACUUGAUAAUGAGAUAGAACCUAAUGAAGAAAAAGCUAAACGGUUAAUUAAUGGAGAUAAUUCUUUUUAUAACUUAAAGUGGGAUAAUAAUGUAGCUGAUGGUCGGUUAUCAUAUUAUUCUGGUAGUUCAAAACGUACUCAGCAACGUAAAAAUAAAGAGUUACGGGAGGCAGCGCAAGGGUCAAUGAGUUUGGAUAAUUUUUUUGAACCAAAAAAAAAAUUAGAUGUUAAGUAUGAAAUGUCAGACUCAAAUACAAGCGAUUUAGAUAUAACAAAUGAUACUGUUCAUAAAUAUCUUACAAAAAUUUUUGACUAUGAAAAGCCACAAUCUCGUAUAGAAUUAAGUCUUGAAAUAUCACAACAG